CUCGCGAUAAGAUUGUCGCGUUGCGUAAAAAACCUCCCUGCGUCCCCUGCCCCGCCACAGACACAGCGAAGAUGGAGGAAUCCGCGCGACUGUCGGCGGUGGACUACGUCGUGUUCGUCGCCCUCCUCGCCGCCUCCCUCCUCAUCGGCCUCGUCCACGCCAUCUACAGCAAGCGGAAGUCCGCCCGGGACCUCCUGGUCGCCUCCAAAGGGGAGCUGGGCGUCUUCUCCAUCGGACUCUCCAUCUCCGCCAGCUAUCUCUCCGCCGUCACCAUCUUGGGGACCCCGUCCGAGGUCUACACUUACGGCGUGGAAUACUGGCAGGGGAUGCUGGGGAUCCCGAUCGCCGCGAUCUGCGCCUCGUACCUCUUCAUGCCCAUCUUUUACCCCCUCAAGAUCACCAGCAUCUACGAGUACCUGGAGCUUCGAUACCGAGGGAAGGCGGUGCGGGUGAUGGGCUGCGUCUCCUUCAUGAUCACGGAGACGCUGUCGCUGGGGAUCGCGACGUACGCGCCGGCCCUGGCCAUCAGCGCGGUGACGGGGAUGCCCGAGUAUGCCUCCAUCCUUCUCUCCUUCGCCGUCUGCAUCCUCUACACUUCCAUCCGACAGCUACGGCCUGAAAUGGUUGAUGACUUCGGUGCUCUCUCCCCCGGCCUCGAACCCCUUCAACCCAACCCAUUCACUUCCCACCCCUGCCAUAAUCCUAGUCGCGACGCAAAGCGAACCCACGACGACCUCCCUCCCAACCGGUGCUCACCCCCGCACGUCUUGCAGGGAGGCCUCCGGACGGUGGUGUGGACGGACGUCCUCCAGUCCGUGUUCAUGUUCGUGGGACUCUUGUGCGUGAUCAUCAUCGGGGCAGACCACGCCGGGGGAAUGUCUCGAGUCUGGGGCAAGGCCGAAGAAAGCGGCAGAAUCAACUUCUUAGACUUCGGAGCGGACCCGUUCCAGCGCCAGAACGUCUGGAGCCUCGUGUCGAACUUCGUGAUCCUCUGGACGGCCGCCCUGGGAUGCAGACAGGCCUCCCUGCAGCGACACUGGAGCUCCCCGACGCUCUCCAGGGCUCGAAUGGCGGUGUACCUGAGUCUCCCCGGAACCCUGCUGAUCAUCUCCUGCGCCUGCCUGGCGGGCCUGGUCGUCUACGGCAAUUACGCGGACUGCGACCCGAAGACGAACGGAGACAUCGAGAAGAUCGACGAGAUCGUGCCCUACUUCAUUCUUCAGCACAUGGGGGAUCUGAAGGGACUUCCGGGGCUCUUCGUCGCUUCUCUCUUCGGGGGUGCUCUCAGCACGAUGUCCUCCAUUCUCAAUUCCAUCCCGGCCGUGACGAUGGAGGAUAUCGUCCUUCAGAUUUGGAAGGGGAAGCAGUUCUCAGAGAGACAAAGGAAACUCCUCGUUCGCCUCCUCAGCGUGGGUUUCGGAGGGCUGGGGGUGGGGGUGGCGUUGGGGGUGGCCCAACUGCAGGGGAUCUUGCAGGUCUGCCUCUCCCUCAUCGGGAUCAUGAAUGGACCCAUCCUCGGCCUCUUCGUCGCCUCCAUCUUCCUCCCCUUCGUCAACACGUUGGGAGCGUGUCUGGGGACAAUCACUGGGACGGUGAUGUCUGCUUGGAUCGGGAUGGGAGGAUGGAUCCUCGAGGUCACAGCCACUUCCUCUGCCCUCGCCUUCUCCACUGAAGGAUGCGAGCUGCUCAAUCGCUCGUCUCACGCCUUCUACGGGUCAGCUUCCGACGUCUCCUUGGCUCCGAGGCGAUUGCGGACGCCUGACUUACUGAGGCGGCCAGCGGAGGGAUACGAGCAGGUCUACACCAUUUCGUAUCUGCUGCUGCCUCACAUCGGCCUGGGCAUCACGCUCCUCGUCAGCAUCGUCGUCAGUCUCCUCUCAGGUGGACAUAAGGAAAUAGGAGACAUAGACGAGAAGUUGGUGAACGGCACCGUCCUCAGACUCUUCUCUGGCUGCCGAAAAUCCAACAAGGAUCCGAUGUCGAGUAGUGAAAAGGGUGUAGACUUGGAGCGGUUUUAAAUCUUGACCGAUAUACGAUAUUUAGGUUCAAAUGAUGACACCAGGAUUUAUCUCAUGCCACAAUUCUGGCUGAAAACGUGCCCGCUUCAGCGUUGGACGUCCCUUCAAUGGAAGAAGCCAACUUCACGUUACAGCGCACCCAAUCUUCCGCAAGCCCUGAUACCAAUUUACGCAUGCAACUCUACUCCGGUGUACCUAGGAUUUAAAUACGAUUCUACGACAACGAUUUCGUGAUGUAUAUACGAUUUUUGGUCGAAUUCGUUGUUUUCGGUUGACUGGCCCGAGUAGAUUGUAGGUAUACGUAAUGAAGCCAUAACUAGGUUUUAAUUAUAGGAUGUUUCUUGAUGUAUAAAGCAUUUAUGAUGAGUUUAUUCCUUGGAGGUAGUGAAAAAAGACGAUGGAUUGCUAACAUUUGCGCGGGGAUUUUCCGAGAGGCCCAAAUGCUGCCACACCUCGCAGUCUUCUCGCUCUCAGAAUCAUAUCCAGACUGACUUAUUAUGGCCCUUCGAAAUGCAAAUGG